AUGAUUAAUCGUAUUAGCCACUGUCGAUCGAUGACUUUUAUCAAGUAUGGAUGUUCUUCGUCGACAAAAAUCACGUUAAAGAAUGCUCAACGAUGGGCAAUAUUUAUUGUUAUUUUUUCAAUCCUUCUCUAUACUCAACUUUUAUAUUGCUAUGAAGCAAAUCUGAUUGAUACUCCUCUGGAAUGUUACGGUAAAACAAUUGUAUGUCGCUAUAUCACUGAUUUAUCAUUUGUUCUAAUAACAAUUAUACUUCUUUUAUUGCUCAUGAUUUUAUUUGGUUUGCUAACUAUUUCAAAUGUACGUCAAUCUCAACGUCUUGUUCAAACAUUACAAUUACAAAGUAUCAUGUCUACUGUGAAUAAUUCAUCGGGAUCAACUAAUGGGAACACAGAACAAAAAUUAAAACAGAAAAAUGAUCGUAGUCUUCUUCGAAUGCUUCUUGUUCAAGUUUUACUUCUUGCUAUUUUUAUUCUUCCAUUGUCUCUUGAUAAAUUUUAUUCAUCUUUCUCAGAAGAUAAUGGAUCUUCAGUAGCAAAGGCUAUUAACAUUUUUGUAUACGACUUAGCCAUUUUGAUUUAUUUUAUAUCAAAUGGCAUACCUUUCUAUAUUUAUACAUUGUGUGGUGGAACGGUGUUUCGAAAAGCAUCGUAUCAUUUUGUUGUAAUGACGAAACGAAAAAUGUUGUGCCAUUAG